UAGGGUUCCCGAGUCAGGCAAGAAUUUUUUUUUUUUUUUGCCCCCUCCCUUUUCAUAUCCUCCACGAAGCCUGAACCCAGCAACCCACGCAGUCUGCGUGCGUCUCCGCUCCAGGCUGCGCCAACACACCAGAGAGGAUGGACGCACGAAUAGAAAGAUGCGCAUAGAUGUUUCCAUUGAAGACAUUUUCACGUUGUGAUUUUUUUUUUUUAACUACAGUGGGAUGAGCUUCCAUCUCCCAGCACAAACAGAAGUCGGAUUUUAAAAGCACCAAGAGAGGAAGGAGCACAACCACAGCUCCGGGUUGCUGGGCGAGAGGCUGGGCGCGCUGGAAACAAGCAAAGUAGCGGAUCAUGCUUAUGGGAACUUCCUAUUCCGUCUCCUUAAGAGUGGCUCGGCCUGAUGCUCUAUCAUGACUGAUGGCGACGGGAGAGUGCACAUUCAGCAUGCAGAUAGCCAAGAGGAGCAGGAACAAGAGGAGGUCUUGGAGGAGGUGAAAUCCCACCAGAACGAUGUAGAACAACCCGGAGGGCUCGGUGAUGACGAGCGCAUGGGGCACACUGCUAGCUGUAGUAGGUCGAGGAGGAAUGAUGAAAGAGAAACUAAAGUUCAGGAAGCUGACUUGGAAGAGGAUGGAGGACCGGCGCUGGAUGUUCGCAUCGUGGCUCCCAUACGGGAUCCGGACUGCGUCUCGGAGGAGGAGGAGCAGCAGGUGUACCCGGCCCUGGCCCCCAUGGCCUUCUUCUGCUUAAGGCAAACCACACGGCCUCGCAACUGGUGUCUUCGUGUUGUGUGUAACCCGUGGUUCGAGCACGUGUCCAUGUUGGUGAUCCUCCUCAACUGCGUCACCUUGGGGAUGUAUCAGCCCUGUGAAGAUCUCACCUGCUUGUCAGAGUGGUGUCGCAUACUCAAGGCAUUGGACGACUGUAUAUUUGCUUUCUUUGCGGUGGAAAUGAUCAUCAAGAUGGUGGCCCUGGGGAUUUUUGGCAACAACUGUUACCUUGGCGACAAGUGGAACCAGCUGGACUUUGUCAUCGUCAUGGCGGGUGUGUUGGAGUACUCUCUGGAUGGACAUAAUGCCACUUUCUCGGCCAUCCGUACCGUUCGAGUACUGAGACCUCUACGGGCCAUCAACAGAGUACCGAGUAUGCGAAUCUUGGUGACGCUGUUGUUGGACACCCUACCGAUGUUGGGAAAUGUCCUUCUCCUCUGCUUUUUUGUCUUUUUCAUCUUUGGGAUUGUUGGGGUCCAGCUGUGGGCGGGGCUUCUGCGAAACCGCUGCUUCCUGGACCCUAAUAUCAAAGAAAAAUACAAUUUGGAUAUCAGUCCCUACUACGUGACAAACGACGGCGAAGACAACCCAUUUAUCUGCUCGGCAACUCGUGACCACGGCAUGCUUCGCUGCCAUGACAUUCCGGCCAAAACCGAAGCCAACGCCGAGUGCCAGUUACCGGCGCUGGACCAAAGUUCAGAUCCCGUUGGAGGAACCCCUACUUUGGGAGGGGACAAUGGAAAGGGAUGUGUUAAUUGGAACCAGUACUACAACGUGUGUCGCCCUGGGGAGUACAACCCUCUCAAGGGAGCUGUCAACUUUGACAACAUCGGCUAUGCUUGGAUUGCUAUUUUCCAGGUCAUCACACUGGAAGGAUGGGUGGAUAUCAUGUAUCAUGUCAUGGAUGCUCAUUCAUUCUACAAUUUUAUAUAUUUUAUACUUCUCAUUAUUGUGGGAUCUUUCUUCAUGAUCAACUUGUGCCUCGUGGUCAUCGCCACCCAGUUCUCCGAGACAAAGCAACGGGAGAACGCUCUCAUGCGGGAACAGCGUGCUCGCUUCAUGUCCAAUGAUUCCACGCUUGCCAGUUACACUGAACCGGGUUCAUGCUAUGAAGAGAUGCUACGCUACAUUAGCCACCUUUACCGCAAGUUGUCACGAAGACUACAGAGGAUAUACUCUGGAUGGCACAGUAAACGGCGUAAAAAGGUGAAUCCUAACGGCAAUGGCGGCAGCGGCAAUAGCGCUGGUAACGCACACAGCCACGGCUCCGGCAGGGCCCCGGCUCCGAGUAGCGCUUUGUGGUUGAGGCCGAUACACAACCUGCUGCAGCACCAUCAGCACCAGCACUGUUCUCACCCCAACGGGGGGCAGCACACGAGCGGCGUGGAGACCACGGAACAUUUAGCCGAAAAAGGAGGAGCCACGGAACUGGAGAUGAAGUCACUUCCUGUUAGUAAAGGAAGUCGGAAUGGAAAUAGCAGUGGCGGCAAUCAGUUGGCUGUCACCCAAGGCAUGGGGACCACGCUCAGGAGAGUCAACGGAGGGAUGAACUACCCGACCAUUCUGCCAUCGUUUGUGUGCAGCUACAGCAGUAAGACACCGCCGCCUCACGCCCAGCAAGGUGGAGGCGGUCCAGAUCAGCACCCGCCAAACCACUCAACAACCGAACAAACGGAAAAACUCAACAAACUCUACCAGCUUGUCGGACAACACGGUCAUCAGAGUUUGCUGUACCAGCUGGCAGGGGUUAUUCCCAGUCCACUGCUCCUGGAACUUCUGAGCUGCCCUCUAUGUGCACGUAGUCUGGAGACCUUGGAACUGCAGUUGGGCGACUCGGAGGGUUGCAAGGGAGAAGCCGAUGGACUCCACGACUACCCCCAGGGAGGAGAUCUAAGAGGCUGCAGAGGUCGGGGCAGACGACCUAGGCCUCCGGAGUUCAAGAACAGAGCACUUCGGGCGUGGAUGAAGUUCAAGGAGAAACUGAAGAAAAUAGUGGAGAGCAAGUACUUCAACCGAGGAAUCAUGAUUGCUAUCCUCGUCAAUACUCUCAGUAUGGGGAUAGAGUACCAUGAGCAGCCGAAGGAGUUGACGGAUGUGCUCGAGAUCAGCAACACUGUCUUCACCAGCAUGUUUGUUUUGGAAAUGGGAUUCAUGAUUUUGGCUUUUGGCCCCUUUGGAUACAUCCGAAAUCCGUAUAAUAUAUUUGACAGCAUCAUUGUUAUCAUCAGCGUGUGGGAGAUAAUUGCUCAAGCCGGCGGCGGGUUAUCAGUCCUGCGUACUUUCCGCCUGCUUCGAGUUCUCAAGUUGGUUCGCUUCCUUCCUGCAUUGAGGAGACAACUUGUAGUCCUGAUGAAGACGAUGGAUAAUGUAGCAACCUUCUGCAUGCUAUUGAUGCUCUUCAUCUUCACAUUUAGCAUACUCGGUAUGCAUCUGUUUGGUUGCAAAUUCAGCCUUCAGACAGAUGAUGGCGACACCAUUCCUGAUCGCAAGAACUUUGACACUCUGUUGUGGGCAAUUGUCACCGUAUUUCAGAUUUUAACCCAGGAGGACUGGAACAUGGUGUUGUAUAACGGCAUGGCCUCCACCACCCCAUGGGCGGCUCUCUACUUUGUUGCACUGAUGACAUUUGGGAACUAUGUGCUUUUCAACUUGCUGGUGGCCAUCUUGGUUGAGGGCUUUCAGGCUGAGGGUGAUGCAAAUCGCUCCGAGUCAGAUGAUGACAAAAAAUCCGACAACUUUGAAGAGGAUGAGAAAGUAGAACAACUCCGAGACACCGAACUGAAAAUGUACACGCUGAUGAUGACGGCCAAUGGUCAUGCCGAUCCACGCGGUUCGAUGGCUCCUCCCAUAAUUAUGCGAACAGCCGCCACGCCCAUGCCUACUCCGAAAAGCUCUUUAGGCUUGGAGUCCUACCUGGAGGAUGAUGUCAUGGCCGCAGAAGGAGUUCUGCACCAUGGAGAGGUCGGACCACCUGAAACCAUCCACCAAGAGUCUCGCCGUGGAAGUGCCACCUCCAUGGAUGUUUUAACGUGUGAUCAGAGAUCUUUGAGCCAUUUCAGUCCAGCACGCCGCUCCCCUCUCCUUCCACGUGGAUCCAGCUCAUGGGGGAGCCGUCGCUCCAGCUGGAAUAGCCUGGGAAGAGCACCGAGCCUCAAAAGGCGAGACACUAGCGGAGAACGAGAGAGUCUAUUGUCCGGAGAGAGAGGAGAGGAGGAAGAGGGUGUGGAUGACAAUAGCGACGCUGGCGGGUACGAUAACAGGAUCCAGCCGGAUCCAUUGGAACUGCUACAGGCGUCCACUCUCUGCCCGGCCGUCGGGGUCCAAUAUGGCGACUGUAAUGGCGGGAACAUGACUCAUAAUUCUAAUGUGAACACUCACGCCAAAGAAGACUCCUUGCCUGAAGAUGAUACUGAUUAUGAGCCUUCCUUUUGCUGGAUGAUGAAGAAAGAGUUCCUCAACAUGAAACCUCGCUGGUGCAAAGAACACGAAGAAUGGACGUUGUACUUGUUUUCGCCAGAGAACUCAUUUCGUGUGUGGUGCCAAAGUGUGAUCUCUCACAAAAUGUUUGACCAUGUGGUUCUGGUUUUCAUCUUCCUCAACUGCAUCACUAUUGCUCUGGAAAGACCUAAUAUACAGCCACACAGCAAUGAACGGAUGUUUCUCAAAGUGUCCAACUAUGUUUUCACUGUGAUCUUCCUAGCAGAAAUGACCAUCAAGGUGGUAGCGCUCGGGUUCUGCUUUGGGAAGCAGACCUACCUUCAGUCCAGUUGGAACAUUCUGGAUGGUGUGUUGGUGUUUGUGUCUCUCGUCGACAUUCUGGUCUCUCUGGCAUAUUCUGGUGGGAACCGGAUCCUGGGCAUCCUCCGAGUUUUACGCUUGCUACGCACAUUGCGCCCACUCAGAGUGAUCAGUCGGGCACCAGGAUUAAAAUUAGUUGUGGAGACCCUCAUCACUUCUCUUCGGCCUAUCGGCAACAUUGUCCUGAUCUGCUGCGCUUUCUUCAUUGUGUUUGGCAUCUUGGGAGUGCAGCUUUUCAAAGGGAAAUUCUUCCACUGUGAAGGUCUUAACACCAAAAACAUCACCAAUAAAUCCGACUGCCUGGAAGCCAACUACAGCUGGAAACGAAGGAAGUACAACUUCGACAACCUGAUUCAGGCUUUGAUGUCUUUGUUUGUCCUGUCAUGUAAAGACGGCUGGGUCAAUAUUAUGUACGACGGCCUGGACGCGGUAGGAGUGGACCAACAGCCUGUGAGGAACCACAACCCGUGGAUGCUGAUCUACUUCAUCUCCUUUCUGCUCAUCGUCAGCUUUUUUGUCCUCAACAUGUUCGUCGGCGUGGUGGUAGAGAAUUUCCACAAGUGCCGACAGGACCAGGAAGAAGAGGAGGCCCGUUUACGGGAAGAGAAGAGGCUCAAAAUCAUAGAAAAAAAGCGCAGGAGUAAGGAGAAGGAAGGGGCUGAAGCCAAACAAAGGCCCUACUACGCGGAUUACUCCAUCCAGCGUUUGACUAUCCAUAGACUGUGCACCAGUAACUACCUGGACCUCUUUAUUACCUUCAUCAUAUGCGUCAAUGUGUUCACCAUGAGUAUCGAGCACUACAAUCAACCCCAGUAUUUGGUGGUGGUUUUGAAGUACUGUAACUACCUGUUUACCUGCAUCUUCAUCAUCGAGGCCCUUCUUAAACUUAUGGCAUUUGGGAUACACCGAUUUUUCAAAGACAGGUGGAACCAGCUGGAUAUUGCUAUUGUGGCUUUAUCCAUCAUGGGCAUCAUACUGGAGGAGCUGAAAAUGAGUGCAUCUCUUCCUAUAAAUCCUACCAUCAUCCGAAUUAUGAGAGUGCUCAGGAUAGCACGAGUACUUAAACUCCUUAAGAUGGCCACAGGCAUGAGAUCUCUACUGGACACCGUCAUGCAAGCUCUGCCACAGGUGGGAAAUCUUGGUCUCCUCUUCAUGCUGCUUUUCUUCAUCUAUGCCGCCCUGGGAGUAGAGCUCUUUGGCAAGCUUGAGUGUAACGACCACAAUCCCUGUGAGGGUCUGAGCCGUCAUGCUACCUUUGAAAAUUUUGGGAUGGCCUUCCUUACGCUUUUUCGCGUAUCCACGGGAGACAACUGGAAUGGCAUUAUGAAAGACACAUUGCGAGAAUGUCUUCCAGAGGAGCUUCACUGUCUCUCCUACCUGCCGUUGAUCUCUCCCAUAUAUUUUGUCACCUUCGUACUCAUGGCCCAGUUUGUGCUGGUUAAUGUGGUGGUGGCCGUCCUGAUGAAGCAUCUAGAAGAAAGCAACAAGGAUGCGAAAGAGGAUGCAGAAAUGGAUGCAGAAAUUGCCAUGGAAAUGGAGAUGGAGAAGAAAAAACGUAGUUCGAGCAUUUCUUCCCACAGCUCAAAUCCAAGGACCUUUGUUGGGCCAUGUCCACCACAAUCUCCUGGCCAGGACGAUGUGGUGAAGUGCAGUGAGGAUGCACUGCAAGUUUCUGACAAGAUGUCCGUAUCCAGGAUGCACUCUCUGCCCAACGACAGCUACAUGUUCCGACCUGUGAGACCUGCUAGUGCUCCUUACCCCCUCGAAGAGGUGGAUGUCAGUGCUCAGGAGCAACAUUCAGGCUCUCUGACUUCGGUCCAUUCACAGCCGUGUGAGAGUCGCACUCUGCUGCAGGUUCCUGAUGUUUCCCCCGUUCACCCGCGGCUGCUACCUUCCGUCAACCUGCCUCGCAUCGCCCCGCCCACGCCGCACCCCUCCCCUCGGCCCCUACGCAGACAGGUUGCAGUUAAUGUGGAUUCUGUGGAAGUCCAAACUUGUGAGCAACAAGAGAGGGCGACCCCUGUCCAUCUUCCUCUGCCGUCCCCCUUAUCGCAUUCUCCCCGUAGCCCCGCCCCAUCUCCCCUGCCUCCUCUCCCUCCCUCCUCCCCCUCGACUCUUUCCCGCCCACCCUCCUCCCCUUCUCCAUUCCCACUCCCUUCAGUGUCUCCUUCUCCUCUCCCACCUAUAAUCUCAUCCUCCCUCCCUCCUCCACCGUCCUCCCCCUCGCUUCUCCUCCCUCCGCCUCGCUCUCCACGCUUCCCAUUACGCAGCGCCAGCCUCCACCGGCCCAGACCGCCCUCCGCCGCCUCCCUCUUUGACCCGGCUGACGAGGAGGUGUGUCACAUCACCAGCUUGGCCCGCCACCGACAGAUUGCUGAACUGGAAGGCGGACAGGAGAGCGGAGCGAGAGCAGGUCGAAGCCAUUCCCUCUCUCCAUACACCGACUCCACCUCGUCGCCUCCUCCCUCUUUAUUACCGCGGCCGUCCUCCAGGAGCCCGCAUGGAGCGGAAUCGAUAGACCGGGACUUUAGGAAAGGCUUCAACGUGGAUCCUCAGGCGUCGUUAUUGUCCGCCGGUUACCUUGACGAACAUCGGCGCCACUCCAUCGAGGUGUGCCUCCCGCAAGACGGCAUCCCCGGUGAUGAGCAAAACUCGGAGUUCCACAAAGGAAAGAGCAAUUUCCCGAUGAGGGUGCAGUCAGUCGGAGGUGGACACCGUAAAAAGAAGACCAGCCCCCCUUGCAUAUCGGUCCACCCGCCUUCAGAGAGGGAGAACCCGCCCUCGCCCCCGAAACUGGCCGACUGCAGCAUGAUGCUGAGACGAAGGACGCCGUCUUACGACUCACGACAAGACGUCGAGCCGCACUCGCCCAUGCAUCGGGCGCUCACGCCCGUCCAACUCCAAACGCCGACACGCACGCUCACACCCUCGCCGAGCACCACGCCCGCAUACACUCCACCGCUCCCGUCAACCCCCACGCACCCCCCCAUCCCCAUCAGCCCCAACAUCUUCAUCCAGCCUCACGCACCUCUCGUCCCGAGACCUUUCGUACAGACACGUCCCAUUUCGCCCGCCGCCAGGCGCUCCGCCCUUACAAGGGACUGCAUCCCCUUACCCCAAUUCACUUUUGACCAACCACAAUCCAGAUGCUUGUCGGACGCAGAUCCUGCGCCGUGCGCUUCACCUUUUGACAACAAACUGGGAACCGGUGCUGGAUUCACCGCAAAGAACCGGAGGACCGCCCAAUGAACAUCAGGAAGAGGAAUUCACUGGUCCAAAAUCUCCCGAGCUGGAGAACAUGCUGACCUCAGGAGUAUUGGGAAGUUUUUUUUUUUUUUAAGAGAGAUGGAUUCUUUUGUUUUGAUGAAUUUGGCAGAUCGCCGUCCCGAGACGGACAGACAGACAGACAGAUACCGGCACCGACCCAUUACCGACACUGGAUUAAUCCAGCUCCACUUCGGUGGCACCGAACAAUGAAGGACUAAAGCCACCUAACUCUGUAGCCAAAGUUCUUUUUCUCUUUUUGACGCACUGUCCACACCCACGCGAGCCAAUCAGGAAGCAGCGUCUGGCUGACAACCUCUGACCUUUUACAGGAAGUGGUUUAUGAAGUGCAAGCGUGGGGUGGGAUUGUGGGAUAUGCAACUUCAGGUUUUCUACAGAAGUUCUGCUUGCCCCUCCUCUGCUCCUUGAUCACAUUGAUCCGAGCAGGUGUGUGUGUGUGUGUUCGAAUGAGUGUUUGUACGUUUUUGUACGUCUCUUGUUGUCGCGUCACCGUGUUUUUCUUCUUUCUUGACAGUGAGGGGGAGCAGGACAGAGCUGUAGUGUACGUUUAUCUGUGUAUUUGUGCAGUGUAAAUAAAGAAAAUAUUAUUAUUUGGUGAGAUUAAAAUAGCUCUAUCCAUAUGCACAUAUUUUUAUAGAGAUCGAAAGUGUUUUUGCACACAAGUUUGAAUUUUUUCCUCCGUUAUCCUAUUGUGAAUGUACGUUUCCUUUCAAGAGAGGAACAGGAACGAAGGAGGGAAAAUUCUCCUCCGGCGGGAUGACGUAGAGGAUUGGAUUUUUAUUUUUCUAUUUUUAAGAAUAAGAGAAAUCAUAUGUGUGU